AAUCACGUGACAGACUCAUUUCAAACAAGUCUCAGAGUAGCGCUUCGAGACCUCGCUUAGUCAGUAUUGAUUAGCUUAUCACUAAAUUGCUCUUAUGAGACCUUCUUGCUGCGACUUCUUCACAGCCAUUAGAUCAAGCAAAAGUGCGGGCUUUCCCAUUUCACUUGUCCAUACACUGAGGUGUCUAAUGGCCUCCAGCUCAGGGCUGUCCAUGUGAGAAGAGAAUCUGAGAAGAGAAGGGCAGACACAUAAAGGAGAGAGAAGAGUUUCCCACAGAACAUGGCCUCUGCCAAAGAAGAUGGCGUGGAUGAAAUAACGGUGGACUUUAAAGAAGAGACUGUGAGUGGCUCACACCAGAGGAUGUGUGUGUGAAGCUGGAGGAUCACGAAGAAAGAAUUUCAGUUUUUAAAGAGGAGGAGGGAGUGCAAAGGGGUGACUGCUGCCAAUAAAGCUGAGGAUUUGAAUGAUUUCUCAGGUGGUCUUGAACUUCAAAAGCAUGAAACUGAGGAUAUUUUCAAGCAAGAUGCCUGUGAAGAAUCUCCAUCCAGUUUACAGCCCUGGUCCACUAAUACGGGGCAACUGGUUACGCAGGAGAAUUCUGUAGAGCUGAAAUCAGAGUCUGAAGAGAAUAUCACAGAGGGAAAUGGGAGAGAAGGAGAAGAGUCACCUGGGAGUGUUGGAAUAAAUUUACAGAAGACUGGAAGCUUCUCUUCACCUUCAUUUGGUCAGCACUCUCUUCAAUACAAAGAGAAAGGUAUGAAGAAAUCAGCAAGAGGAUCAGAGGACCUGACAGCAGCCUUUUUGCAGUGCAGUUCUCUCCCCGCUACUGGAGUAACACAGACAGAAGCCAUCAAAACUGAUCGACAGCAAGUGGAGAAAGAUAUCCAAAUUCAUACUGGAAAAAAAUGUUUGGAAUGUGGCAAACAAUUCACACAACAAAGUGAUCUUAAUAGGCAUAUGAAGAUUCACACUGGAGAAAAAACAUAUUGUUGUCAUGAAUGUGAUAAGUCGUUCUCAAGGAAAAGCGAUCUUCAGAGGCACAGCAGAAUCCACACAGGAGAAAAACCUCAUUGUUGUCCAGAAUGUGGUAAGUCAUUCUCAAUGAGAAGCAGUCUUCAGAGGCACAGAAUAAUCCACACAAGAGAAAAACCUCAUUCCUGUUCAGAAUGUGGCAAGUCUUUUCAUAAGAGAAGCCAUCUUCAGAGGCACAUAAUAAUCCACACAGGAGAAAAACCUCGUUGUUGUCCAGAAUGUGUUAAGUCGUACUUGAGAAGACAUAUUCAGAACCUCAGAAUAAUCCAUAAAGGAAAUAAACCUCAUUGCUGUCCAGAAUGUGGUAAAUCGUUCUUAUGUAUAAGUGUUCUUCAGAACCACAGAAGAUGCCACACAGAAAAAAAGCCUCACUGUGAAGUAGCGGCUCUGAAGCACCACAAGCUGGUUGAUCUUGAUAGAAAUCUGAAGGAGGAACUCUGUGUGAAACAUCAGAAAAGUCUGGAGAUGUUUUGUAAAACUGAUGAGAUGUGUAUCUGCUUGAUGUGUGGAAUGACUGAACAUGAUGGUCAUGAAAAGGUGGAGCUGAAGACGGAAAGAGAAGAAAAACAGAAACAGAUGGGGGUGACACAGAGUGAAAUUAGGAGGAGACUUGAAGAGAAAGAGAAGAAUCUGAAGGAGACGAGGAGGAGAGUGGAGGAGAUGAAGCUUUCUGUGGAAAGAGUAAUCGAGGAACAUGAUAAGAGCUUCACAGCUCUAAUAAGGUGCAUUGAGGAAGCUCACAAGAAAUUGACUGAGAGGAUCAGAGAACAAGAAAAGAGAGAAAUGGAGAAGGAUGAAGGAGUCAUGGAGCAACUGGAGAAGGAGAUUGAGGAGCUGAAGAGGAGAGAAGCUGAGGUGAAGGAGCUUUCAGAGACCAAGGACCAUCUCCACUUCCUGCAGACUUUUUCAUCUCACUGUGUCCUUCCUGCUGAUGGAGACUCGCUGAGCUUCACGGUCACUGCUGACUUUUCUUCUGAGGACCUGAGAAAGGAGCUGUCCGGUCUAAAAAAGAGUCUGGUGAACAUCAGUCAGUGGGACAUCAUGACAUGGACUCCACCAGGUCGUGAAGCUCCAGUCUUCACCCUACAGCCUCCUCAACCUCGGAGCAGAGAGGAGUUUUUACAAUACUUCUCUCCUGUCACACUGGACAUCAACACGGCACACAGACAACUCUAUCUGUCUGAAAGGAACAAGAAGGUGAUAUGGGAGUGGACAAAAGCUGAAUAUCCUGAUCAUCCUGACAGAUUUGACUACUGGGAACAAGUUCUGUGCAGAGAGGCUCUGACUGGGAUGCGCUGUUACUGGGAGGUGGAGGGCAGUGGAGACUUCAUCGAGAUUGGAGUCGCAUCUAAAGGACUGGGCAAGAAAGGAAUGGGGACCGGCCUUGGACACAGCAACAGUUCCUGGAGUUUGCGGUGUUUUAAUUCCCAGUACUCCGUGUGUCACAAUAACAGGCGGACUGUAAUCCGCGCUCCCUACAGCCCCAGAAUAGGUGUGUAUCUGGACUGGCCUGCUGGCUCUCUGUCAUUUUAUAGCGUCUCACACACAAUGACCCUCCUGUACAGGUUCAACACCUCCUUCACUGAGCCCCUCUAUCCAGGGUUUUAUGUUGGUCCUGACUCCAGUGUAACAAUCAGCCAUCUGACACCAUGUGACCACUGACCAGUACCCUCCACCGGUCACUUGAUGUCCCCACAAGCGCAGGACCUCUUCGUGUUUGUAGUUUAGGGUGAAAUUAAAUUUAGAGGAUGGGUGGAUUGGUGGGUCAGCACCUCUGUGAUUGAAUUUGUGGAUGAGAAUGCGGGGCGAGUGCGACUGUCAGGGUCUCCAUUAUUAUUGGGUUUGAGUAGCCAAUCAGAUGUGUGUGUGUCAUAAUGAGGGGCGGAGACACCUCAGACCUACAAAUACCAGUCUGACCAGCAGAGGUCACUGUUGAUUCACAGCCACAUGUCCUUCAGGCUGACACCCCAACAACUACUGAGGCCCCCAAGUGUCACUGAAUGUCACCUGUUAAGUAGGACAGGCAUGUGGUCCUGUUGGAUCAGCACAACUGAAAGGCGCUAUACAGACUCGGUAUGGAGCGCUCUUGAACAGUGACUAUAUGUAGGAGCAGAGAGGGACAGAUGGGACUGGAGUGUUGUCCACUCACCAGACAUUUUGUGACCCUCCAUUGGUCACUCAAAGGGUCCUUCACUUCAGAAUGAAUUCACUGUGAAUGUCUGAAGACGAGGACUCACCGGUCAGUCAGAUGUCAGCCAUACUGACAGAGUUUGGUGUUUUAGUUGAUGUCACAUUAAACUUUAAACUGCA